GAAAGACAGAAGAAACUUCUGAUCUUCCUGGAAGCACAAGAGAUGCUUCUACCAGUGGUGUUCCUGUGUUUCACAGCUCUGCUGUCUCCAUUCACUGGACAGGGAACUGAAGCUCUCAGUGCUCUGUCAAGCAGCAGAGCAGAGCAGCAAAAGCUGAUUGUUGACAGACAUAAUGCCCUCAGGAGAGGAGUAAAACCAACUGCCAGCAACAUGAUGAAGAUGGAAUGGUGUCCUGCAGCUGCAAAGAAUGCCCAAAAUUGGGCCAAUCACUGUAUUUUAAGGCACAGUCCUCUUAAUCUGAGGAGAACCAAUGUACAGUGUGGUGAGAAUCUCUAUCUAUCCUCUGCCCCCCGCUCGUGGUUAGAUGUUCUUCAGGCCUGGUACAAUGAGGAGAAAAACUUUGAAUAUGGAACUGGGGCAAAAACAAAAGGUGCUAUAUUUGGCCACUACACUCAGAUGGUUUGGCACAAUUCUAAUAAAGUUGGAUGUGGUCUGGCUUUCUGCAACAACACUAGGUACAGCUACUUCUACGUCUGCCAGUACUGCCCCGUGGGAAACCUGAUAAGUUCAAUGAAGACACCCUAUAAGGAAGGAGUGCCCUGUGGGGAUUGCCCCAGUGCUUGUGAGGAUGGAUUAUGCACCAACCCUUGAAAGCUGGAAGAUGUACUCAGAGCUUUGCCAAGUCCACUGCUCUGCUCCUGAUACUGGAAAACUGGAAUAAAAUAACAGGCUCAGCUUUUACCUUCCUGGACAUCCAUCUCCUUAAGGAAUUCUUCACUAUAAGACAAUGACUCACACAAGAAAAACCUGUAGGAUGAUGUAGAUAUUCAAUUUAUAUAAUGAUCCAGAACAUGGUAGAAAUCUUAAUCUAAAGUUGUUGUUUGUUUGCCAGAUAUAUUUAAUUAUUAGCUUUUCUCAUCUUU